AUGGCCGAGGAAGAGGAUGGCUGCGACCACCUCUACAAGGUCGUCCUUGUGGGAGACGCCACCGUGGGAAAGACGCAUUUGCUUUCACGGUACGUGAAAGGCACCUUGCCGAAGGCUCCAACGGCCACCAUUGGUGUCGAGUUUGCGACACGCACCAUUCCAUUGGCUGUGGGUGGAACGGUGAAGGCGCAGAUUUGGGACACUGCGGGGCAAGAGAGAUACCGAGCCAUCACCAGCUCGCACUACCGUCGUGCUGUCGGAGCACUCCUGGUCUAUGAUGUGACCAGGAAUGCGACAUUCCAGAAUUGCCUGAAAUGGCUGGAAGAGCUGCGGCAAAAUGCAGAGGACAACAUCAUCAUCAUGCUAGUUGGGAACAAGCUUGACUUGGUUGAGAAGGAUCCCACUGCACGGCAGGUGCACUAUGAUGCUGCUCUGGAGUUCGCUCGGUCACACAAGCUCCUCUUCAAAGAGGCAAGUGCUGUCACGACGUAUAACGUGAAGCAUGUCUUCGAGCAACUCCUCCAGGAGGUGUACAAUCAGGCGUCAAAGAACGCCAAAGAGAAACGUCGAGAGCCGGGUGGCAUCCAGAUCCAGCCCGGCGGCAUGAUCCCCGUUCAGGAGGAGAACCCCUGCGGAAACCAGGCCUGCUGA